AGUAAGAAGAUUUGUCUCAGAUGACACACACUAAAUUUGACUCGAGAAGUCUUCGGUUUGAAGCUCAUUCUGCAUUUUUGGUAUUGACUAUCACCUCUGUCUAUUCCUUUUUCUCUGAUAAAAUUAUUAAUGGAAAACCAGAUGCAUAUAGUCUGAUUUCGUGUGCUGCGUUCGCUCUUAUGUCACUUAGUUUAUCGAGGCAAAUUCAGUGCGGAUUUGAAGUGGAUCUUAUGUCCUUUUAUCUAGGAUGUUUAAUUCUACAACUCAUGAAGAUUAACUAUUUGUUAGCUAUUGUUAGCUAUUUAUUUAAUAGCUAUUGUCUUAUCAUUCUUCGUUCUUCUUUCUCUUCCUUAAAUGUUAUACCGGAACCGCAGUGUCUUGGACUCGAAGAACAAAGAGUAGUCAUUCAAGUUGAUUUACAACAAGAAGAUACUGAUAGUGGUCAUGUGAAAGGUAACUAUAAAUUGGUAGUGACUGACCACAACUUGAUAACUGAUGCGCUUCCUCAUGAAACAAUCAAUAACCUUCAUGAAACAGCGAAAUUGAUGGUGGAUGCUGGUUUUGAGAAAGUGUGUUUCGAGGUUUACAACAGCUACCGUAAGCAAUGGUUGGAAGACCUGUUAGGAAAGACGGGAUUUCAAGAUUACGUGGUUGGAAGAUGGAUUAAAACUUCAGAGGUUGCUCUCAAAGUACUAUUUCCCAGUGAGCGUCGACUCUACAACCGUAUCUUCUCGAAUUCAAUGUCUGCAUUAUCUGAUCUCUAUUUCUCAGAGCUUUGUCAUGGAGCGAUCACUGAACUACAGAAUUUUGCUGAUUCAUUUGCAAAUCGAAGCCCUUCAGCAUGGCGUUUGUUUAAAAUCCUUGACUUGUUUGCGACUUUGAGUGAUCUAAUUCCUAAAUUUGAAUUAUUGUUUCUUGAUUCGUUGGUGAACGGAGCAAUAAAAAUCAAGAAUAGAUUGGGUGAAAUAAGUAGAAACAAUUUCAUGGAAUUUGGGAACCUGAUAUUCUUUACACCGGAUGCGGAGUUUGAUUGUUGGGCUGAUGGCGGAGUUCAUCCAAUGACCUGCGCAGCCACUGGCUACAUCGUUAUGGCUUCCUGGUCCAGACAAAACCUAGAGCAAAUUUUACAACAAUAUCCCUUGGUUGAUGCUGAUAAAGCGGAGACAUCUUUAUUCUAUUCGCAGAUGGUGUUGAUAAUGGAGCAGUUUGAGAGCAAAUUGGAUGCUAAGUCACAAAUUUAUGAGGACCCUGCAUUCCGCUAUUUUUUCAUGAUGAAUAAUCUCGGGCAUGUUACAUACAGAUUGGAAACCUUUUGGGAGUAUAGGUUCGGUAAAAAUGUGGAGCAUUACUUUGAACUCUAUUAUAGGAACUCUUGGGAUAAGGUGAUCAAUGUUUUGAAGAUGGAUAUGAAUGUGUCAGUGGCACCAAAUUCUGAAACAGAUUCAAUGAAAGAUAAGCUCAAGGUGUUCAAUCAGAAGUUUAGGGAGAUGUGUGGAAUUCAAUCUUAUGAAAACUUCAUUGGCAUGUAUGUUGGUAAAAACGCUGAUGAGUAUAUCGAGUAUGGAAUAUUUGACAUUAAAGAUCAUCUUAACCGUUCAUUUAUAUUACAGGAUGUUGAUUCUGUGAAAGGAUUAGAUGAAAAUCAGUUAGUUAGUUAG